AUGAGUCAGUCCCAGCCAUCAAAUAAGCCACAAUCAGCCAAUCCCAGCCAUCAAACGAGCCACAAUCAGCCAGUCCCAGCCAUCAAACGAGCCACAAUCAGCCAGUCCCAGCCAUCAAACAAGCCACAAUCAGCCAGUCCCAGCCAUCAAACAAGCCACAAUCAGCCAAUCCCAGCCAUCAAACGAGCCACAAUCAGCCAGUCCCAGCCAUCAAACGAGCCACAAUCAGCCAGUCCCAGCCAUCGAACGAGCCACAAUCAGCCAGUCCCAGCCAUCAAACAAGCCACAAUCAGCCAAUCCCAGCCAUCAAACGAGCCACAAUCAGCCAGUCCCAGCCAUCAAACGAGCCACAAUCAGCAAGUCCCAGCCUUCAAACAAGCCACAAUCAGCCAGUCCCAGCCAUCAAACAAGCCACAAUCAGCCAAUCCCAGCCAUCAAGCAAGCCACAAUCAGCCAGUCCCAGCCAUCGAACGAGCCACAAUCAGCCAGUCCUAG